UGUUCGGGCUCGGAGGUUUUAAUCUUUGUUUUUUUAGCGGGUUAUUUUCUGUCCGGCUCUCCCUUUCUCUUCUACUCGAAUGAGAGUCGCUCAGGUCGUGCAUAACAACAACAACUUGCAUUCCCACAACGCCUUUUCAAGCAUUUAGACAGUUCAGGGCCCAACUAGGUUUUAGGUUGUCAGGUAAUUAAGUUGAUAACUGGCGGUCUCUGAGAUACACGGACUGAGUAACAGGGUCUCUCUGAGAUACAGGGAAAUUAGAGAGAGGCGCAAGGACUACCGAGUAGUGAUUAAAAACAGAAAGUGCUGGAAGCACUAAGCAGAUCUGGUAGCAUCUGUGGAGAGACAGAAAUAGUUAUCGUUUCAGGUCUUUAACCUUUCAUCAGAAUGGUUGUGUUGGACCUGAACGUUUCCAGCAUUUUCUAUUUUUAUUUCAGAUUUCCAGCAUCCACAGCUUUUUAGAGCAGUGAUAAUGGGGGACUAUAAUUAUCCUAACACAAAAUGGGAUAAUAAUGAUGUAAAGGGCAGUGGUGGGGGAAGAAUUUCUGAAGUGUGUUCUGUAUAAUUUUCUUGUUCGAUAUGUUUCCAGCCUAAUAAGGAAGGAAGGAUUGCUGGAUCUGAUGCUGGUGAAUAUAGUGUUUUAAGUAGCUCAAGUGUCAGUAGGGCAACAUUAAAGAGACAGUGCUCAUAGCAUCAUAAGGUUUAGGUUCACUAUGAAAAAAGACUCAAUUGGAGGAGGGCCAAUUUAAUUGGGGUGAGAACAGAUCUGUCCCAGAUAAAUUGGAAUCAAAGAUCGGCAGGCAAAAUUGUAAUGGGCUAAAUUUAUAGAAUCAUAGACUGGUACAGCACAGACAAGCCAUUCAGCCCAUUGAGUCUGCACCGGCUCUUUCGAAGAGCAAUCCAGUUAAUUCCACUCCCCCACUCUUUCCCCAUAUCUCUGCAAUGUUUUCUCUUUCAAGUAUUCAUCUAAUUCUGUUUUUGAAGGCUGCAUUUGUUAAAGAGCAGAUGAUUCGGAUUGAGUCGAGGUACAUUCCCACAAAGGGGAAAGGUAGGGCAAACAAAGCCAGAGCGUUUGAAUGACCAAAGAAAAAGAGAGUAAGCUGAAGCAGAAAAAGUGUGUUUUAUGACAGCUGCCAGUUUGUAUACAGAAAAGUUCAGGGGGUGCGGGGGAGUGAAAAGGACACACGAGGCAAAGGGACUAAAGGGGCUAUGAGAAGAGACUGGCAGCUAGCAUAAAAAGGAAUGCAAAGUCUUCUAUAGGCAUUUAAAUAAUAAAUGGUGGGGAGAGGAAGGGCUGAUAAGGGAAUCUACACAUGGAGGCAGAGGGCUUGGUACUAAAUAAUUCCCUUGCAUUUGCCUUUACCAAGGAAAAAGAGGCUGCAGAUGCCAUAGUGAAAGGGGAGGUAGUUGAGAUACAUGAUAAGUAACAGUUGACAAAGAGGAAGAUUAAAAAGGUUGACUGUACUUAAAGUUUAUAAAUCACCAGGACCAGAUGGCAUACAUGAGAGAAGGUAAGGAUGGAAAUUGCAGAAGUAAUGGUCAUAAUCUUGCAGUCCUCCUAAGAGGAUGGUGCCAGAAGACUGGAGAAUUGCAAAUGUUACAGCCUUGUUCGAAAAGAGUAUAAGGAUAACCCAGCAACAACAGGCCAGUUGAAACUCAGUGAUGGGGAAGCUUUUAGAAACGAUAAUCUCAGGCAAAAUUAACUGUCACUUGGAUGAGGGUGAAUUUAUUAAGGAAAACCAGCAUGGAUUUGAUAAAGGAACAUCUGCAAUAUUGCAAACAUAAUGGGAGAUGACAUGGAAACAAAUUAUUCUUAUGCUACCCAAACAUACCAAAGAGAAGGGCUAAAUAAUUGCUCUUUAAGCACUAAGGUAGUAACUGUAACACCCUCCAAAUCAGAAGUGCCUUUUCAAGUCAGAGGGGAUAGAGGAAGGAUCCUUACCCCUGAAGAAGCAGAAAAACUCAUAAAAGAUCAGAGCUUAUUGUCGGAUUUUAAACAACAGAAGCUUGAAAGAGAUGCACAGAAGAACUGGGAUUUAUUUUACAAAAGGAACAGCACCAACUUCUUCAAAGAUAGACAUUGGACAACCAGGGAGUUUGAAGAACUGAAAACGUGUAGAGAAUUUCAGAAUCAAAAACUGAUACUCUUGGAAGCUGGCUGUGGAGUUGGGAACUGUUUAUUCCCUCUUUUAGAGGAUGAUCUGAAUGUCUUCAUUUAUGCAUGUGACUUCUCUCCCCGAGCUGUAGAGUUUGUAAAGCAAAACCGCUUGUAUAAAGUCGAACGAUGUAAGGUCUUUCAGUGUGAUCUGACAAAAGAUGAUUUACUGGAGAAUGUGCCAGCGGACGCCGUGGAUGUUGUUACACUGAUCUUCGUGCUUUCUGCCAUUCAUCCUGACAAGAUGCAGCUGGCAUUAGAAAAUAUCUAUAAAAUACUGAAACCUGGUGGACACAUCUUAUUCCGAGAUUACGGACUGUAUGAUCACACCAUGCUCCGAUUCAAAAGCGGCCACAAACUCGGACCUAAUUUUUAUGUUCGUCAAGAUGGAACAAGAUCUUUCUUCUUUUCUGAUGAAUACGUGACAAAGCUCCUGACAGCUGCUGGGUAUGAGGUGCUGGUCAAUGAAUAUGUGUUCCGUGAAACUGUUAAUAAGAGAGAAGGUCUGUGUGUUCCAAGAGUUUUUCUUCAAUGCAAGUUUAAGAAGCCAGAGGGAAUACAUUCAUGUUGAAAUAUUACUGCUGCUGUCUUGUUAAAGUAUAAUAUUUUGACAUUUUCCUCUAGAGCAUCUUGCUGUGCAUAGUACCCUGGCAGGGAAAACAGGCAGAGAAACUACACCUGCCCAUGUACCAACAGGAUGACCAACAAUCCUGGAUUUUAUGGGACCGUCCUUUAAUUGAGGUUUGUCCCAUGUCCUUGGCUGUAUGUUGCCAGGAUGAUGUUUGUCCCGUUUUUCAGACCAUUAAAUUUUGCACAUGCACAAUACGCAUCUGUGCAUUUGCGCUGUUCCUAGUUGCACGAUCUGACAGGUCCACCGGCAGCCCGCACCCCCACCCCCUGUUCUCACAGGUUCGCCAGCAACUGCUGUCCACUCAUGUGGUUCCCCCCUGCUGCAGUGUCCCUUAAUGUUUUCUUCCCGAGAGUUGGUCACCCUGUGUGCCUAUGCUGCAGUGUAAAUAGUGCCUUGGAAAUCUGCAGUAGGAGUUGGAAGUGAUUUGGUGAUCCUCGGCUGUGCUGCUGUCUAUAUGAAGAUUGCUGAGCAGAGGUUCAGUGUCUUCCCACACAGGUGCAAGAAAGUUGAAAGAGAGAGGAACUUCAUAGCUGCUCCUGUGGGCUUCUUAACAGCUCACUCAGGGCAACACUGAUUUGAAAAUUUAGGAGCAGAUUAUCUGCCAACAUUUCCAGCUCGGCCUGAAGAGACCAGAACCAACAGGAAUUAAAAUGAAGCAUUUCAUAAACUUAUUUAGAAAAAAUCACAAUAUUAUUGUACUCCAUGAAGCCAGUUUGAAAUUUUAGGAAGCUCUCCCUCUUCCCUCAAUUAUUUCACUUUUAUAAAGUGUGUCAUAUUGGAAGUUUUAUAAACUCUUCUGACAUUUGCUACCCUUUGUAUUAAUAAACUACCAUUUUAAACAGACAUCUGGAAUCUUCGAAAUAUUUCUGUACUUGUCAAUUGUAUUAUAAAACUUUCAACUUACACCA